AAAUUGAACAAAUAUAAAAAUACUGGAACGGAGAAUAAUUAAUUAUGCAUAUAAAUUUAGCGGCAAAUUUUGUGUGGCAGUUUUGCCUCGCAAUCGCAUCGCCGCAGUUUCAUGUGCGAGAAAAAUGCAGCCGCCGCCUCCAUCUAUUCUCUCCAAUUUCUUUUCGUCUCUGAAGCAGGUUGAAAAACGGCUUAAAUUGGAGCAUGGAUCGCUACAAAACGAGGCUGUUCGAGAAGGCAAUGCUUCAUCAGCCGAAGACUCACUGAGCUCUCCCAUGUUUCUUCAUUUGCCCCAAACCAACGACACCUCCAUGCUCCACGAAAGCAGCGAACCUCCGCUCGAGUUCCUCUCAUCUUCCCCUGAAUUUCCGCUAUCCCCUCCAAAAUCGGAAUCCAAUCAUCCGAAGCCCGUCGAUUUUGGCCAAAAUCAGCCGCUAGAUGACAUCCAACGCCUGAUUCAACUCCUAGGGCUUGGAGAUUUAUAUGGCGAAAAAGCAUUGGGAGUGAGAAGAGACGCGAUUGAUCCAGGAGCGAGGAGUAGCUGUAGCUGUAAUGGCUGCGGGGGUUGUGAAAACGGGUUUUACAGCAAGAUCGUUGGGCUGAAAGGCCCCAAAUGUGGGAAGGAAGUGGAGAGGCUUGACGGAUGGAUUAAUUACUUCUUGAAUGGUGGCGGUGAGGAGGAGAGGUUAGAGCCUCUUAGAUUGGCGUACUUGCUGCUGGGUAAGGCUGCUUUUGCUUCUCACAACGCUGAUGAGUUUUUUGAAGGAUUGGAAUUCCCAUCAACUGUAGAGGAUUUCUUGCUCAAUGAUCCUCCCGGAUAAUAGGUAAAAUCCCAUUUCAAUAAUCUCUUUUUUUCAUUUUUUGUACGCAUAAUUCUUCUUGCAAGCAUCAGCUGUUUAACUGAAGCAUUCCUUUUGUGGGCUAGAAAUUCGUCUGUUAAUAAUCUGUCUCACAAAAUUUUACAUACUAAGCCCUUUUUUUCUCUCUCGUGAAUGCAUCAAAACCUCAAAUUUUCAUAUCCAUUUUCUGAACUCAGUACUCCGUUUGUGGUAUGUUCAAGCACGUAAAUGAAGUAGAAAAGAUUCUGAGAGAACCUGGUCCCGGUGUCUUGAAAUCCAUCUCUAAUCAACAUUCAGUAAUAUGAUGAAGGCUGUUGGUUCUCUGAUUCACCGAUUUAGUUUAUGGAACUGUUUGUCAAUCCUUAAUUUGGCUUCCUUUGGCUUCUAUUAGUAGAGAAGACUUUUAACUAUGGAAGGUGGUUUUGCAGAUGGAAUAAAUGUGUAAGUUGGAAACUUAGAAUUGUAAGGGAAAGAAAAUUCUCUUCCAACUUUUGAGAUAAGGAAUUGAAGCUGUGAUAUCCUAUCCAAUAUCUUCAAAAUCUUCAAUAUACCAAGAAAUUUGCAUCUCUAUAGGAUAUAUGAAUAUCUAAUACCUUCCACGUCAAUGUUUCUGAUUGGAAGACUAGUGGGACCCUGUGAUAUUAUGAAACUAUAAUUAAUUAUUUCUUUUUGCUAUUAAAUAUUAUGAGGUUUCAUUUGUGGCUAAGAAACUGCCACGUGGAGAUACUCAGCCAAUAGAAUCAUAGAUGUUGAUUUUCCCCCGAUAAGGUAUGUUCUAUAUAAAGUCCAACCUCAACGGUUCUGUCAUCACAACAACGGCAGCUUCAGUUCUAACACCAAAAGCAAAGUAUCUCUCUUGUUCU